GCGAGGGAAGGUUUCUUUUCCAUAGUGGAUCACUUGGGUAUACGUGACCUGUAAAGAUGGGGAAUGUAAGUACAAACUGUAGUUCUGCAAGGCAUUCGAUUGCUUUCCCAAUGCCAACCCAUGAAACCAGCAACAUGUAAUAGAUGGUUCAUUUGUUUGCCCAACUACAAAUUCUCCAAGACCAGAAAUGCCGCCCAAAUUUCAACUCAAGCUCCCCUGAUUAAAACCCAAAAGGUUCAUGUACAUGCUUCACCACUAGGAGGCUCGGCUAUUGAACUCACACGCGCCCAUUCUCGUCGUGAGCCUAUUGCAUCGCUGGACGCACCUAAACUGUUUGACGAAUUGUCCCACUGCGACGUUGUGUCUGCGACUUCACGCCUUUGUCGUUUGGCCAAACAGAACCACCAUAAGGAAGCUGUAUGUUACUUCUCAAGAAUGCUUGAACUGGAUAUUAAGCCGAAUGAGUUCACAUUCGGCACUGUGAUUCACGCAUCUAUUGUUCUGAACGACCUCCUUCUAGGCAAGCAGCUUCAUGCUUGUGCGACGAAAAUAGGUCUCAGUUCGAACGUGUUUGUUAGUAGCACGAUUCUUGAUCUUUACGUAAAAUUAAGUCGUAUCGAGGAAGCCCAAAAGGCUUUUAAGGAAACUGAUAAGCCUAAUGUGGUUUCGUACACAACAUUGAUUUCUGGCUACCUUAAAGAAGAGAGGUUUGAUGAAGCCGUGAUGCUAUUCCAGAAAAUUCCCGAGAAAAAUGUCGUGUCUUGGAAUGCUAUGAUUAGUGGGUGUAGCCAAACAGGGAAUAAUGAAGAGGCUGUGAAUCUUUUCGUGCGAAUGUUGAGAGAAGGGCUUUUGCCUAGUGAGUCUAGCUUUCCCUGUGCUAUUAUGGCAUCUGCGAAUAUAGCUGCACUUGGAAUGGGAAGGAGCUUCCAUGCUUGUGCCUUAAAGUUCUUAGGCAGCAAGCUUGGCGUAUUUGUUGGCAAUUCUCUGGUUAGCUUUUACGCCAAAUGUGGGAGCAUGGGGGAAAGUCGCUUGGCCUUCGAUAAACUUCCUAGAAAGAGUGUUGUUUCUUGGAACGCCGUGAUAUGUGGCUAUGCACAAAAUGGAAAAGGGAAGGAGGCAAUAGAUGUUUACCAGAGAAUGAAAUCCAGUGGUGUCCGGCCAAAUAGCGUUACUCUCCUUGGUUUGCUGUUGGCGUGUAAUCACGUUGGACUAGUUGAGGAAGGCUACUCGUAUUUCAAUCAGGCUAGACUUCAAGAACCUAGCAUGCUACAGGCAGAGCACUAUGCUUGUGUGGUGGAUCUAAUGUCACGUGCAGGGCGGUUUCAGGAAGCAAUUAAGUUUAUCGCUGAUUUGCCUUUUGACCCUGGCAUUGGAUUCUGGAAGGCUAUACUGGGAGGAUGCCGGAUUCACUCAAAUAUGGAACUAGGAGAAUUUGCGGCAAGUAAGAUACUGGCAUUGAAUCCUGGGGAUGUAUCAUCCUUCCUGAUGCUUUCCAAUGCACAUUCUGCUGCCGGAAGAUGGCAGUGUGUGUCCAGAAUAAGGCAUGAGAUGAAUGAGAAAGGGUUGAAUAGGGUUCCCGGUUGCAGUUGGAUUGAAAUAAAAAGCAAAGUUCAUGUGUUUGUUACUGGGGAAUAUUGGGGGCAUGCCCAACGAGAUGAGAUACAUGACGUCUUGACGUUAACAAUCACGGAAAUUCAAGAUAUCGAUUUGGUUAUGUAAUUUCGAGCACGGUGAAAAGUUUCUAAGAAACUUGAAGAAUGCAUGAGAACAAAUACAGCAGAGAAUUAACAAAAGAAACAGAGAUUCCUUAUGUGCAGUUACAGGGAGAAAAUGGAGUUGAAGCUACGCAGUGACUUUACGGUCUUAGUCCCGAACGAAGCAUUUGGUAACAUGAGUAUUAAAUAUAACAAAAUCGGGCAUCCAUUUCAGUUUGGACAUGAUUUUGACAGAGAAAGUCAUGCCCAAGUUCCAAUUCUCAUGUUUAGUCACUCCUAUCUCUGGAUUUGUUAACACGAAUUGAUGAGACUUGUAAAACUGGGAAUUCGAUUGAAAAAAUAAAGUGAAUGCUAU